AUGGCGCUGGGCUGCCGCCAAGGGUGCCGUAUGUGCGGCCCGGGUCCCCUGAGGCGGUGGCCACUGGCCGCCUGGGAAUCGGAGGCUGGGCCUCCGGCACGGCCCUAUGCGGCGGCCGGCGGCGAGGCGGCGAGUGGGCAGGAGGAGCUGCUGCUGGAGGUGUGCCGGAGGCGGCACUUCUUGCGGGGCGAUCCGGAGCUUCGGGCCCGGAGCGCGCAGCUCCGCUUCGGGCCCCUGGGCGUGGCGCUGCGGGGCAACCUGGCGGCACAGUGGUGGGACGCGGUGCUGGCCCGCCGGGAGCAGGUGUUGGCGGUGGAUUCCCCGGUGCACGGCCGUCCCUCCGCCGGCUCCCCGCAGGCUCAGGGCGCUCCGCGGCUGCUGCACUCGGAAACCCUGCGCGAAAUUCUCCAGAGCGGGGGCUGCGGCCGGGAGCCAGGCGGUGCGGCUCUGCAAGAAGCGCUGGGCAGCGCGGGAGCGCUUCGUGAGAGCCUCCUGCCCGGUGCUUUGGCACAGUAUGUUAGCUGCUUAGAACUUGUGAACAAGAGACUGCCCUGUGGCCUUGCUGAAGUUGGAGUAUGUUUUCACUCCAUUCCAGGAAGUGAGCAACACAACGAAAAGCUUAGAAGAAUAGGCGAAAGGACUACAUCGUUACUUACGUGGUUUAGCUCUCCCAGAACUGCAGGACAGUGGCUUGAUUAUUGGUUACGUCAGAGACUGCAAUGGUGGAGAAAGUUUGCAGUGGGCCCAUCCAACUUCAGCAGCAGUGACUUCCAGGAUGAAGAAGGAAGGCGGGGAUUUAAUUUGCAUUAUGACUUUCCUUGGGGGAAGGAAACAAUAGAAACAUUGAAAAACCUUGGUGACACUGAACUGCUACAGAUGUAUCCAGGAGACAGAUCAAAAUUACUGGGCCGGGAUGGAAGGAAGAAUGUUCUUCCUUAUGUUCUGUCUGUGAGUGGAAAUCUGGACCAAGGAGCAUUAGCUUAUCUCUUUGAUUCUCUCCAGCUGGCUGAGAAUCCUCUGACAACAAAGAAAAAUUCGCAGAGAAAGGUACUUAAACUUCACCCUUGUUUAACACCUAUCAAAGUGGCUUUGGAUGUAGGGAAGGGCCCAACAACAGAGCUGCGACAGGUUUGUCAAGGGCUGUUCAAUGAACUAUCAGAAAAUAGAAUUGCUGUGUGGCCGGGUUAUCUUGAAACCACACAGCUAUCUCUGGAGCAGCUUUACACAAAGUAUGAUGAGAUGAGUGUUCUCUUCAUGGUCUUGAUAAGUGAUUCUACUCUGGAGAAUGGAGUGGUCCAGCUGAGGAGCAGAGACACUACCAUGAAGGAAAUGAUGCACAUUUCUAGGUUGAAAGACUUUUUAACCAAGUAUAUCGCAUCGGCUAAAAAUGUAUAAACUUAAAUAUAUCUAAUAAAAGUAACUUUUGUAA